CACAAAGAUGGGACUCUCCUUGACGUAUCAAAAGACAUGAAAUCAGACAUCUUGGAUAAGUUAGCAGGAGCCAUUCUUUGUCCACAACCCCAACCCAAAAUCUGAAGAGUAUGAUCAAGUGGCCCAAGCACUCAUCAACAAGCAUCCUUGUCUGAGGGAACCAGGGUCUGUCCAUGGGUGGUAUUGUUGGAAGUUCAGUUUAAAAUUUAAAAUGGGUAACUUCAGACAGAAGUUGCGAGUGGCUGGAUGCUCUGAGCUCAAAGUAAAUUCCCGUACCUCUGGUCCAGCUGGGUCAAAAAAACUGAAGAGGGCCAAAAAGUCAGAGGUGAAUUAUCUGCCAGAUUUUCCAGAAGGGAUGACAAAGUAAUCUUGACAUGGACAGAUCAGCCAUGGCCAUUGAGAUGAAGAAAGGAAUAGUUGACUGGAAGCAAAUUGGUGAAAUGAUGACCAACACAUUCCCUUUACGGAGAAAAGAGAUUGUUGAAGAUGAGCCACUUGUGGCAGAAGUCAAAGAAAGAUGGCCAGCAUUAUUCUCUGAACGGCAGAUUGAAGCUGAAUUUGCUCGCCUUACAUCUGUUGACCUGAAAGGCUCCCUAUUUGCUGGGAUUGAUCAGUAUCUGGCACGGUUCCUGGAGCUGUACAAAGCCAAGAGUGGCAUACUUGGACUGACCAGACUCACAGGACAACUCGGUGAAGAUAGUUCCACACAGAGGAAGAGGACUGUUCUUCUGCUGGGCCUUCCCCAUUUUCUCAGGGAGGAUUCCUCAUGUUUUUUCAAGACUGUGCAGGCUACAGAUGAUGAGCAGGUGUUCAGCAAGGGGAUGAAAGUUGGCAUCGUGAUGGUGAAAGAGGGAGAAGAUGUGGUUGAUGUGUCAGUUAUCCUUGAAGAGGCGGUGGUCCUGUGUGGUCUGAAGGACAUCCCGGACGCUGUUGCCAUGCUGAUGGGCCUUCUUUUUGCCCUCAACAUUGAGACAACAUUGACCAUCCAAAGGAGCUGA